AUGACAGCGCUGGACAAUGUUCGAGUGUUUGUUUCGUUCCCCGACGCAAAGUAUACGGAAAAGCUGGUCCAUCAGGCCAUUCAUCACCUUUCUCCCAACAUCCCGAUUCACUCGCACCUAGUAGAUUGCCUAGGGGCCCAACAUGUUCUACAAUGGUCAACAUACGAUGAAAUAUCACACGAAGCGACUAUGGCAAGACCACAGGAUGUGCUCUCAAGCUCCUACGUGAUUAGAAAGAGCCUGAUUCGCAAACACUUCCUUCAUCGAUCCGUCAAAACCUACCUUGCAAAGAAUCCAACAUCUCGCUUGGGCACAAGUGUUCCCCAAACUUGGAACGUAGAGAUUGUUCAUGCAGACGAGCUCGAUGAGUUGUGGAUGGACGACCUCUAUGAUCUCGCCCAACUCCUCCCAGACGAGUCAAACGAUGCAGAAGAAGAUAAAUGGUUUAUACUAAAGCCUGGAAUGGCAGAUAGGGGGAUGGGAAUCAGGCUGUUUAAGAGCAAGGCCGGUCUACAAGCCAUAUUCGAUGCUUUUAACUCCGACGAGGAAGACUCGGAAGGUGAGGAGUCCGAUACCAACGUCGUGACGAGCCAACUGCGGCACUUCGUGAUCCAAGAAUAUCUACCCAACCCACUGUUAAUCGACCCGAGAGAAUCCAUGGGUAAAGUCAGCGCUCUCGAAGGAAGAAAGUUUCACCUUCGUGCCUAUUGUGUCUCCCAGGGUGCACUGAAAGUGUUCUUAUUCCCGCGAAUCCUCGCGCUGUUUUCCUCUGCAGCCUAUCAGCCACCAUCUGACAAAGAGGAGGGAUCCUCUCAGCUUUCCGCGCACUUGACAAAUACGGCUUUGCAAGAGUCGCGUGGCGAAGAAAACGUGCGAUUGCUUCAAGAACUCGUCGGCUCACAUAUAUUCGGACGCGAACAGAAUCAUGGGCGAAGUUUCACACAAGCGGACGUUGACUGGAUCAUAGACGAGGUGGUAAAUUGCCUAGGCGAGGUGUUUAAAGCCGGCCUAACGUCAGCUAUUCACUUUCAGACCCUCCCGAAUGCGUUCGAGUUGUUCGGUGCCGAUUUCCUGGUCACAUAUAGCCCUGAAGGAGAGGGAGGCAUCCCUUUCCAGGUGCACCUUCUUGAGAUCAACGCGGAGCCGGCCAUCCAUCUCACAGGACCUCGGCUAGGCUGGAUCCUGGAGGAACUGUUCAGGGAGAUUGCAGAUACAUGCGUGGGGCCCUUCUUUACGCACACGCCGCGAGAGGAAACAGGCGACGCUCCGGGACGUCUGCGGCAAUGUUUGGAAAUCCAAGUUCGCGGGACGACGGCUUGGUGA